AUGACGCCCAGCUCUCCAGAUGAAGCUCUUCACUUUCGUGGCAAGACCUUGACUCCCGAGAGCCCUCGUCCGCUACAUAUCGCGGAACCAGCCAAUAUUCCGGUGCUUCAAAAUCAAAUGGACCCCGUCUUUAACGAUACUUCGACUUAUGAGAAGUCCGAGUCUGCUUUUGAACACCGCGCCCAGCUGCACAUUAAUCCGCCGCCCCGUUAUGGCCAUUAUGCUGGGUCCGGGGAGGUAAAGGAAAACUAUGGCUCCGUGCAGGCUCCCGGAAAGUUCCAAACACAAAUACAAACACAAGAUUCCGCCACCCAUCUAGCUCAUCACCCUUUCCCUCCCCCUGCUUCCCAUGCUACCCAGAGCAUUCCCACUGCGAGCGCGAUAGACCAUGCAGCCUCUUCCUGGGCAGCUUCGUCGGCUCCACAGAAUCGCUUAGACACCCACAACAACCCACAUAACACUGCUGAGGAUGGUGUGGAUUUCCAGAACCUCCUCGAUAAUCUUCCCCCUUCCUCCACUGCCGCUCCCUCUGCCCCUGCAGUAUCGGAGGUGGAUCCCUACGUGGACGCCUCUGCGGACCCUCAAGCAACAACUGAUGAAGCUCUCCAAUCUUCCCUGGGCCUCCCCCCUCGUCCCCCACCCCAGGAGAAGCCUUCUAUCCAUCCCAAUUAUAACCCCAGUGAUGAUAUCCGCUCCUAUCAUCAGCUCCCCCCUCAUGCGUCUAACGCCCAGCCCUCAUACUCUGCCCAGCAAAGUAAUUACCAGUCUAAUCCCGCACUCCCGCCUAUGGCAGUAGCCGGCGCUCCAGGGACAUCCUCGGGCGUCAGCGCUUUACCUCCACCUCCCGUGGCUAGUUUCCAGCAGUCGCCCCCGGCAACGGCAGAGACACAGGCACCCUCCUCCCCGGGGUCAAAUAAAGCAGGGCGUGCGGAUAGGCAGCAGGGUCGUCAAACUAAAAGCGCGGAUGAGGAUACUCCUUGGGGGCCAGACGUACAGAAGAAGUAUGACGAGUUUUUACAUGAUGAACGGGUGUAUGUCACAGAAGGACUCUGGGAUCGUUUCCCGGCGGGGUCCAGGUUGUUUGUAGGUAAUCUGCCCACAGAACGGGUGACCAAACGAGAUCUAUUCCAUAUAUUUCAUAAGUACGGGAAGUUGGCGCAGAUAUCUAUCAAACAGGCGUACGGUUUUAUACAAUUCCUGGAGGCCCCAGCCUGCAAACAAGCGCUUGAUGUGGAGCAGGGGGCUGUGGUGAGGGGGCGCAAAGUUCACCUUGAAAUCUCCAAGCCACAGCGGAAUACAAGGCCGGGCCCAGUUCCUGCAGAGCCUUCCCGCGCUCUGCCAACUCGGCGGUCAAGGUCUCCCGAAUAUACCAGAGGCGGUCCUCCCAGCUGUCGCAACCCAAGGGUUCCUGCGGAUCGAUACGAUCGUCCUUACGAAUCGCCCAGGGUUCCCUUCAGUGAUUUCAGAGAUGAACCUACCCAUCGUAGGCGCGAUGACUAUCGGCCUCCCCCUCGAUCCCCAUCCCCUCGUGGCUUUCGUGGAAGGGACGGAUACCGUUCCCGGGAUAGAACUCCAGAGCGGUACGAUCGACGCGAAAGACGCCGGUCCCGAUCCCCGUAUACAAGGGAUCGACGAUACCGCAGCCCCAGCCCGCGGCCUCGUGGCUACGAGGGUGAUGUGGAGUUGCCGGUGCCUAGACGUGCCCCAAGAGAUGUCCCAGAGGUGCAAAUCCUUGUCUUGGAGGAGGUUGACCGGAACUUCAUUUUUCACGUGGAGAAUGCCUUCCGCAAUAGAGGUCUUCGAGUGGAUGUUUUGGUGUUGGGUCCCCGGAUUCCACUGAACGCUGCUGUACAACGGCAGAUCAAUGAAGGUGUGCUUGCUGUGGUCAGGCUCGCCCGUCCAAACCAGUUCUCCAGGAAGAUCCCUUUACAAGUUUUCGAUCGAAGCGGAGGUGCGGACAAUGUCCGAUUUAAUGAAUACCCCGAUGUCGAGCCGAAUAUUGCCGCCGAGAUUGUCUUCCACGCUCAAUCAGUGCAGCGCGGCGCGCCUCCUACUCCUUUCCCUCCCAAUCCCGCAUUCGGGGUCCCACCCCUAGCUCCUCCGCCCAUACCACAGGCUUCGUUACCUCUAUCUAACCCCCCCAACAUCGCCAAUCUAAUUACGUCCCUGGACGGACCUACUCUACAGUCUCUUUUGACUGCACUCCAGCAGCGGCAACCCACCGUUCCAACUGCGCAGCCACCGUUUCCUGCUCCCGCAGCAUCAACACCCAAUGCCGGUGCGGAUCUGGCCAGUCUUUUGAGUGCUGCUACACGACAGCCUGUUGCUACCAACCCACAGCAUCAUCUACCUCCACAACCAUUUCCCAUCCAAGCUCCCACUGCUCCGGUGGUGUCUGAUCCGAACUUGAUCUCACUGCUCGCCAAAGGCUUGGGAGGGCAGCAGGCGCAGAAUCAGGCAGCCGUCGGCCCUCAUGUACAGAACAUCAUGAAUCAAUUGGGCAAAUGGAAGCAAUGAUUUAUGACUCAUUUUCUUUCUUUCCUCUAUUUUUUCAUUGACAUACUUCCUCCGGGUCUCUAUUAUCGUUUACAGAACAUCAUGGAGCAUGGCGUUAAUUUCGAUCGAUCGGUUGAGAUGACUAUCCAAGGCAAUGGGUCUUAGCCAUCGGAAACGAUCAUAUGGCCUGGUUGUCGAUUUUUGUUUACGUUUUCCUUCGGUUCUUCACGUGUGUACAUGCAACAAGGAGUGCGACAUGGCUUUGCUUUUCUACUUUCUAUAAUCACCGGGCACCUGGACAAUAGAUCUUUAUGGGAAUAUGGUGUCUUCAUCUGUGUUGUGGUGUUAUUUAUAUGGUUUUCUCCGACGGCUAUUUGUGAUACACUAGGGCGCAUAGCGUUCAGCUGGAGUAAUGACAAAGACGAAUAAUUCUAUUACUAGGGCGUUUGCAAAGUAGUACUGAAGAGUGUAGAUAAUAGAUAGAUAGAUGUACAGGGACUGGAAGUAUAUGAGAUGGCACAUUGAAAUGACGGAAGUGGCAUAAAUAUGUAGUACAGAGCCUUUCGGCUUCGAUUCGAAGGGGUCGUC